CUCAUGGAGGUUAAAGAAGAUGCAGAAGGGGCGAGAGGGGAUGAGGUCAAAGGUGAGGGGUCACCUGAAGGACGAAGGAGAGCUCAUCGCUGUUACUUCAACGGCUGCAGGAAGGUGUACACCAAGAGCUCUCACCUGAAAGCACAUCAACGCACACACACCGGUGAGAAGCCGUACAGGUGUUCGUGGGACGGCUGUGAGUGGCGUUUCGCUCGAAGUGAUGAACUGACGAGGCACUUCAGAAAACACACUGGAGCCAAACCCUUCAAAUGCAGCCACUGUGACAGGUGUUUUUCUCGUUCUGAUCAUCUGGCGCUGCACAUGAAGCGACACAUCUGAAUGCAAAUCCCAAAGACCUGCACAGAAUCCCAAAGACCUGCACAGCUGGUUUUCUAUGUAUCCACUGAGUCUCAGUAUUGCAGAUUUUGCACCCUUUUGGUAAAUGUAUGCUUUCUGCUGAACAUGGGUAAUGUGCAUGCUUGUUCAAUUCAAGUUAUAGCAUAGCUAUAAAGGCAUUGAAAAUGCAAAAAGUCUGGUGCUGAAUGCAAGUUAACAUAUUUGCUGGCUUUGCCAAUUGCUGUGAAUAUAUACUGUAUGUCAUAAUCAUUUAAAAUCAUAUUUUGCAACAAAGCUUACUAACACUUUGCAUUAACACACUGAAAACACUCUGCGCAGCUAUUGUGUUUAUAUCUAGAGCAGCUAUGUGUCCAUAUAGUUUUAUAAGAAGGCAUAUUUUUGACAAAUAAAAGUGUUAAUUGCUGUUAAUUACACUCAAAUAAAAAA